AUGUGGAAGCUGCUCCCGUCCACGGGCCCGGCCCGAGGAGAACCAUACAGACUUUUGACGGGUGUUGAAUACGUUGUUGGAAGGAAGAACUGUGAAAUUCUAAUUGACAAGGAUCAGUCAAUCAGUCGAAACCAUGCCAUGUUAACUGCUAACUUUCCUGAAACCCAGUUGAGUCAGAUAGAUGAAAUCCCUAUAUUGACAAUAAAAGAUACUUCAAAGUAUGGUACCUUUAUUAAUGAGGAAAAAAUGCAGAAUCAUGUUUCCCAAACGUUGAAGACGGGGGAUAGAGUUACAUUUGGAGUGUUUGAAAGUAAAUUCAGAGUAGAGUAUGAGCCUCUGGUUGCUUGCUCUUCUUGUUUAGAUGUGUCUGGGAAAACUGCCUUAAGUCAAGCUAUUUUUCAGCUUGGAGGACUCUCUGUAAACACUUGGACAGAAGAAUGUACUCAUCUCAUCAUGGUUUCCGUUAAAGUUACCAUUAAAACAAUAUGUGCACUCAUCUGUGGGCGUCCAAUUGUAAAGCCAGAAUAUUUUACUGAAUUUCUCAAAGCAGUUCAGUCCAAAAACCAGCUUCCACAAAUUGAAAGAUUUUAUCCACCUAUUGAUGAACCAGCUAUUGGAAAUAAAAACAUUGAUCUAUCUGCACGACAGGAAAGAAAACAAAUUUUCAAAGGGAAAACAUUUAUAUUUCUAAAUGCCAAACAGGGUCUUAGACCUAUUCCUGAAUCUGAAAUUGGAUUGGCAGUUGUUUUCAUGACUACAGAGCAUUACUGUGAUCCUCAGGGACAGCCCAGUACAGGAUUAAAGCCAACAACUCCUGGACCAAGCCUUUCCCAAGGCUUGUCAUUGAAUGGAAAACUAAUGCCGAGGGUCCCUGUGAAUACUACCACAUGUGUUGCUGACACAGAAUCAGAACAAGCCGAUACCUGGGAUUUCAGUGAAAGGCCAAAAGAAAUCCAAAUCUCCAGAAGGGAACAAAAAUUCAGAAUGCUUUCACAGGAAACAUCUACUAUAAAGGAACCUCCCAAAACAAGUUGUAGUGAUAAUAACCUAGUCUUACAUUCUCUGCUUAGUACGAAACUACCAAACUAUCAGCUUUCACCAACUAAAUUUCCAGGUGUAAAUAAACAUAAAGAUCGGGCUUCUCAGCACCAGCAGACAAACUCCAUCAAAAACUACUUUCAGCCAUCAGCCCAAAAGAGGGAAAGGGAUGAAGAAAAUCAAGAAAUGUCUUCAUCCAAAUCAGCAAGAAUAGAAAUGUCUUGUUCUCUUUUGGAACAAACACAACCAACUACCUUCUCAAUAUGGAAAAAUAAGGAACAGCAUCCAUCUCAGAGUGAGCCUGUGGACGGAAAAUCAGAUGAUCUAUUUACAGAUACAGAUGUAAAAUCGAAUGUGAAAAAUCCCACCAAUAAAUCUCCUCAUGCAGAAAAAAUAAUAUCAAAAAAAAGAAAACAAAUUGAUGAUUUGGCCAUAGAAGAUGAAGUAUUAGAACAAUUACUCAAGGACACAAAACCAGAGCUGGAAAGUGAAAGGAGAGUUAAAAAACAAGAGGAUGAUGUCAACAGUAGAAAAAAACCAAGGUUGACUGUAGAAUCAAAUGGCAUUUUUAAUGAUGAAACAAUACCAGAAAGUAACCACAUAUCUCAAGAGAAUGAAAUCAGGAAGAAGUGUGAGACCAAGGAAGAGUCCGUGUUGUCAACUAAAGAGGAAAUGUCUAACAAUGAUGAACUUCAGGUUGAUGGUGAGAUGCUUCCAAGGAAGGUGAUACAGACUGAAUUUCGGUCACUGGUGGUUAGUAACUCCACCUCCAGAAAUCCACCCACUAUAAGUAAUGAUUAUGCUCCACUAAAGAAUUUCAAGAAAUUCAAAAAGAUCACGUUUCCUGGGGCAGGAAAACUUCCACACAUCAUUGGAGGAUCAGAUCUAAUAGCUCAUCAUACUCGAAAGAAUACAGAAUUAGAAGAGUGGCUACGGCAAGAAAUGGAGGUGCAGAAUCAGCAUGCAAAAGAAGAGUCUCUUGCUGAUGAUCUCUUUAGAUAUAAUCCUAAUAUAAAACGGAGAAGAUAA